UAGGCCUACCAAGUAAGGUCCGAUAACGCGCAACUGCAGCAUAUAUACAUGUAUUCGACAGAUGUAUUCCUUAGGUUAAAACCCCUAACUGUAACGAGGACAUUUUAAACUUGGCCACAUUGUUACUUACUUCCUCCUCCGCCCCCUUCAACGCAUGAAAAAACGAAACUGAACAUCUCUGAAAUUCUAUCAUCACUGAGAGGAGAGCGUUGAGCAACUGAGAAGAAAGACGCUUCGACUGACUGCGAUUUGAAGAAAUGGCAUUUUAUAACCAAGAACCUUUUCAUAAUCCGAGACUCCCUUUCACCGGCACUAUCCAAGGUGGGCUGCAGGAGGGGAAGACUAUCACUAUUACUGGGAAACUUCACCAUGGGGCAGACAGGUUCCAUGUGAAUUUGCAGUGUGGUUCUAGGGCAGGGGCGGACAUUGCCCUUCACUUCAACCCACGAUAUGACAGUCACCCUGGAUAUGUGGUGGCCAACACCUUGCAGCAGUCCAGAUGGGGGACAGAGGAGCGGAAACAGCAUUCCCCCUUUCAGCAUGGCUCUGGCUUCAGCCUCGUGAUUGCCGUCCAGAGGGACGGCUUCCAGUUGAAUGCGAAUGGGAAACAUUUCAUGACCUUUAAGCACCGUAUUCCGUUUGACGCAGUGGACACCAUCUCAGUUGAGGGAAAAGUGGAGGUGACCUCCAUCGCCUUCCAGAACCCUGCAUCAGGAUUCCCUUCUUAUCCGGGAUUUCCGGCGCAACCGGGAUUCCCGGCGCAACCGGGAUUCCCUUCUCACCCAGGAUUUCCCCCGCAACCGGGAUUCCCUUCUCACCCGGGAUUUCCCCCGCAACCGGGAUUUCCCGCGCAACCGGGAUUUCCCGCGCAACCGGGAUUUUCCGCGCAACCGGGAUGUCCAGCUGUUCCAUACAAGAACAUGAUCAAUGGUGGACUCUACCCUGGACGCACCAUCAACAUCCAGGGAGUGGUUAACCCCAAUGCAAAUAGGUUUAAUGUUAACCUACUCUGCAACUCUGAGAUUGUGCUGCACUACAACCCCCGAUUUGACGAGACCCUAGUGGUACGCAACAGCAGGCUGAGGGACCAAUGGGGAAAGGAGGAGCGCUCUGGUGGAAUGCCCUUCCACAGGGGCCAGGCCUUCACGCUGUCUAUUACCUGUGAGGCUCAGUGCUACAAGAUAGUGGUCAACGGGAAUCAGACGAGCACCUACAAACACCGCCACACCCUCCUUCAGCAGGUCAACGUUCUGGAGGUGGAUGGAGACCUCAGUUUGACCUCCGUGAUGGUUUAGGGCUGUGGGUCACAACUGUGACUCAGCCACUUGUUUAAUUUUGUGGCACCUCUGACCCAAACCACCACAUAUCUUUUUGAUCUGUUCUUGCCGCAAUAAAAAUGACAUUCACUUUGUUUCCUUACUGCUAUCAGUGCCUGUAUUAUUGUUGUAUUAUUAGUGAGUGCCGUGCCAUUGACUUCCAGGAUGAGAAAUGUGUUCCUGUUUGUUGUAAAUGAAGAUAGAAAGUCAUUAGAAAUCACAUUGUGAUAGAAUGCCAGACCUGACGUUAACUCUCAUGAGACGUACCCCGAGGACAAUGCCUAGUAAUUCCAUAUGUAACCUAGUUUAUCACCAGUGGUCUCUAGACUAUUUUUUUUAUAACAUUAAGUUACAGUAUAUACAGUUAAGUGUGACAAUAUGUUGCGUGAGACUGGCUAUGCCAAAACCCUUGUUCACAAAGUAAACUGCAGUAUGUGUUCAGACAGCAGUGAUUUGCUGACAUGGCUACGCUAGUUGUCAUUAACAAUGGGUGUGUGCACCGUGGUGUAGGCUGAUUGGUAAUGCUCGUGCUUCCUAUCACUCAGAAGUUAUGUAGCAAGUUAAGAUGACAACAAUGAAUGCCAUGGACGUUUCCCAGUUGCUUUGAAUGUUCAAAAUCAUAGUGUAAGAACACUUUUAAAGCCUCAGAGGAUAAGAUUAUCCAGCUUUCAAAACAAGUCCUUUUUGGCAAGCCACAUCAGUUGAGCUAACUAGGUAGCUGUUGUGCUUUCUACCACAUUCAAUAAUUUGUUUGUAAACAAUUAAGAACUAGUUCGACGUGUUCUUGUCAAACUGUCAACAGAGUAGCUAGGGAUCAGGAUCCUGGGAUCGGAGGGGCUCCGUGUCUGCAGAAAAAGGGGUCCAGGCCAAUUGGCAUAAUAUGUAUAGUAGCCCAAGGAGUGGCUGAUGGGCCUCUUCAGCUAGCCGGGAGAUGGGCCUAGCACGAGGCUAGUUCCAGGCUCACUGGUGCUUGCUUCGGGACAGAGACGUUAUCCAGGGGGUAGCCACUCGGAUAGCAGCUAGCUAGCUCCGAUGAUCCAGGUGAAAAUGUUCAGAGCUUGCAGUAGGAAACCAGAGAUGUGGAGAAAAAGCAGUCUGGUAUGCUCUGGGUUGAAUCGCGCUGUGCAGACAGCCUGGUAAACUCCUUGCAAAGGUUAGCUGAUGACCGCUAGCAGUGGAUAACUGACUAGUAGCUAGUUAGCUGGCUAGCUUCUUUUGGGAGUUCCGGUUCUAAAGUAUAGAAAAUAGCAGAUCCAUACCACAUUGGGUGAGGCAGGUUGCAGGAGAGUAUGUUGAAGCUGAGGCUAAAAAAUAUAUUUUUUAAAUAUACCAAGUAUCCAUUCUACCAUCAGACAUUCUUCAAAGGACAACCCGGCCUCCCAUCUACGACCAACCAAUCGAAGCGCAGCUCAGAGUAAAUAUUUAUUGCAUUCUCCUUUUUCAAAUGGGCGGUUAUUUAGAAUGCAUAAGAUACUGUAUUUACGAUAGCAAAGCUGCCUACGGACCGAUAGAGACACAACCUUUUUUGCUCCUCAGUCUUCCCGCUCUUUCACUCAAAUCCCCCCUUUUCUUUGUGUAACCAGCCACUAUAUCGGCUCCGUUCACCAGGUCCAUCAAUGUAUGAUUCAUUGUGUAUAUGUAAUUCUGUGUGAUUAGUUAGGUAUUUAGUAAAUAAAUAAUUAAACCAAA